AUGAACUUGGCACAGUACCCGAGGGUCUGGCUGCGACAACUGAAGAAGCUCGGCGGUUGGCUCGCCCCGCCUCCACCGAAAUCCGAGGAUGGGCGUGAUCAGUGGCCGUCGAGGGCGGCGUUCCUCCUUGCUGCCAUGGGCGGCUGUGCAGGCCAGGGAAACCUGCUGCGAUACCCCUCUGUCGUCUACAACAACCACGGUCUUCAGUGGUUCAUCCCGUACCUCAUCGCCGUCUUCCUGAUCGCCAUCCCGGCCCUCAUCCUCGAGGUCUCCAUCGGCCAGGCCUACCGCGGCGGGACGGUCAUCGCCUUCAACAAUGUCAACAGGAGGCUGAAGGGUGUCGGCAUGGGGCCCGUCUUUGUCAGUUUCAUCGUCGUGCAGUACUUCACGGUCAACCUGGCCUGGAUCAUGACCUACUUCCGGCAUUCCUUCACGAGCCCCCUGCCGUGGGAGGGCCAGGUGACUGACUUUUACAUGGGCACGGUCAUCGACAACCCCGACCCGGUCACCGGCAACCUGACAGCCGGCAAUGCUGAGGUCUCGGCCUACACCGAGUACAGUGGCGUGCGUGUGCUGGGCGAGACGGUGGGCUGGAGCGCCUUCGUCUGGUUCCUGAUAUGGGUCUCCAUCGUCCGCGGCGUCGGCAUGACAGGCCGUGUCGUCUACUUCACCAUGGGCCUGCCCAUCAUCACCACCAUCAUCUUUGUCGGCCGCGCCGUGUCUCUGCCCAACGCUGGCGCCGGGGUCAGGCUGCUUUGGGCCACCUGGAGGGGUGAUCAACUGGCGUCAGGGACAGUGUGGCAGACUGCUGUUGGGCAGGUCUUCUUCUCCACCGGUAUCGGUUUCGGCUACUUCACUUCCUACGCCUCGUACAACGCCAAGUAUUCUAACGCAGUCAUGGACGCCAUCCUGAUCUGUAGCAGUAACGUCCUCUUCGAGAACGUCGCCGCCUUUGCCAUCUUCGGCGUCGUAGGCUUCCUUGAGCUUUGGCCCGAGCCAGGCGAGCGGCUGGGGGCUUUUGUGGUGGGCUUCUUGACGCUCCCAGAGGCCGUCAUCCAGAUGCCCGGCGCAAACUUCUGGGCCGUCCUGCUGUUCUUUACCCUCAUCGUCCUAGGCUUCAGCUCGGCGUUUGUGAUGCUGGAUGUCGUGGCGACGCUCAUUUGUGACUCAGGGCUGGUGAAGGUAUCGCGGCCCACCGUAGUCACCGCGUUGACACUCAUCUCGUUCCUCAUGUGCCUGCCCUACUGCACUGAAUUCGGCUUCUACCUCCUCGACGGCAUCGACCGGUGGAUCAACAAUGUUGCCUUGAUCUUCGUGGUCUGGUCGGAGGUCGUCAGCUCCACCACUGUGUACCGCUGGGAGGACGUAGUCGCGCAGACGGGCCUGCCCGCUUUUGUUCUCUACAAUGUGGGAUAUAUCGGCGGCCAGAUUGUUGGCGUCUCUGUUGCGCAUGGUGCCAGUAUCCCGGCGGCCGGAGCUGGGGCCGGUUUCGGGCUUUACAUUGUCUGCUCCCUGGUGGCAGUGUUGAUCGCAAAAACCCCAGAUUCUGCCGCCGCUCGAUUUUGGAAGGCCAAUGAAUGGACAAGCCGGUUCUGGUACUUGGCAUUCUAUUCAGGCAACCAACUCCGGCGUGACCUCAACCUGGUAGUCGGGCGCGGCAAGAACUGGAGGAUUCCGACCUUCUGGCCGGUCCUGCUUCGAUACAUAAGCGGUCCAGUGCUAUCCAUCAUAUUCAGCUUCGCAUACCCGGAGUUCUACACCCUACGAUAUGACCCGAUGAUGAUCGCAGGCUUUAUCCUGGCGCACCUAGGUCUACUGCUAAUCUUGCUGGGCUUUGUGAUGCCCAGGUACUACGACGUUUUCAUACCUCUAGACCGAAGAGACGAAGAGUUAAAAGUGACCCAAGCGAACCAGCCGCCGGAGGAAACGCCGGAGGAAACUCUCACGAGCGGGGUGAACAAAGAAACAGCUGCUGUUUAA